UGACGUCAGUCGGAACUGCGUACGACGCAACGACACAUUGUGGUCUGCGAGCAGCGUUUAAAGUUUCUGCUGGGCUUCGUGGUUUGGCUCGCUCCUGGUCAUGUUUCGUCACAAACCGACCCUCAAGGACCGCCAGCAUCUCUACAGGCUCAUCAUUGGCCAGCUGCUUUAUGAUGGAUACAACAACAUCGCCAACAGUCUCAUCAACGAAGUGAAGCCUCAGAAUGUGGUGUCUCCUUCAGAGCAGCUGAUGCAGCUGGCUAAGAUCGGAAUGGAAAACGAUGACAGUGCUGUCCAGUAUGCGAUUGGGCGUUCAGAUACUGUAGCUCCAGGAAUAGGAAUUGACCUGGAGUUCGACGCAGAUGUGCAGACCAUGUCACCCGAGGCAUCAGAGUACGAGACCUGCUAUGUCACAUCUCACAAAGGCCCCUGUCGAGUUGCUACCUACAGCCGUGACGGCCAGCUCAUUGCGACUGGCUCUGCUGAUGCGUCGAUUAAGAUUCUGGACACUGAGCGCAUGUUGGCCAAAAGUGCCAUGCCGAUUGAGAUAAUGAUGAAUGAGACAGCUCAGCAAAACAUGGAGAACCAUCCAGUGAUCCGCACGCUGUACGACCACGUUGAUGAAGUCACCUGCUUGUCUUUUCACCCAACAGAACAGAUAUUAGCUUCAGGCUCCAGAGAUUACACCCUCAAACUCUUCGACUACUCAAAGCCAUCUGCAAAAAGAGCUUUUAAAUAUGUGCAGGAAGCAGAGAUGCUGCGGUCCAUCUCCUUCCACCCCUCUGGUGACUACCUUCUGGUGGGAACACAGCAUCCCACCUUGCGCCUCUAUGACGUCAACACCUUCCAGUGCUUCGUAUGCUGCAACCCCUCAGACCAGCACACGGACACCAUCAGCGGGGUCAGCUACAACCCCACUGCCAACAGCUAUGUGUCGUGCAGCAAAGACGGUAGCAUCAAGCUCUGGGACGGAGUCUCCAACCGCUGCGUCACCACUUUUGAGAAGGCCCACGACGGCGCCGAGGUCUGCUCUGCAAUCUUCUCCAAAAACUCCAAGUACGUGCUGUCCAGUGGCAAAGACUCAGUGGUGAAGCUUUGGGAAAUCUCCACGGGCCGGAUGCUAGUCAAGUACACAGGAGCAGGGCUGAGCGGCCGUCAGAUGCACCGCACACAAGGUGUGUUUAACCACACGGAAGACUACGUGCUGCUGCCAGAUGAGCGAACCAUCAGCUUGUGCUGCUGGGACUCGCGCACGGCCGAGAGGAAAAACCUGCUCUCCCUGGGUCAUAACAACAUCGUCCGGUGCAUCGUGCACUCGCCCACCAACCCUGGCUUCAUGACCUGCAGCGAUGACUUCAGAGCUCGAUUCUGGUACCGCCGCACCACCACAGACUGACCUCCCUAGCGACUCUAGCCUGACUGGUAGAUUUUGAAUCUAUUGUUGACAACACUUUACCGCAUUGGCUGGUUGCCUUUAUGUGAUGCCAUUCUUGGGGUGUGUCCACCAGAGCUCUCGUCACACUACCAUGCAGCGGUGGACAGGUUAUCAGUUCCAAUACGUUCUCUCUUAAUUUUCUUCUACAACAAGGGUUUUUGUUUGCUGAUCCCUCACUUUUAUAGUUAAUGUGUGAAGUUGUUUUUAAAUAAACUGUUAAAACAUGAA